GCUGCUCAUUAUAUCACAUUCGACGGUCACACAUACGAUGUCCAGACUGGUUGCUGGCAAAUAUUAGCUGUGUUAUACGAUGGAAUAGAGGGCCAUGAUCACCCCAUCUUCAAAGUCACCGCCCAUCUUUUAACAGGGGACCACGAGGCGGAUCCGGAACAUGAACAUGGUGGUGGAGAUCCAGAAUGGCCUGACGAUGUUUCCUAUAUAAACACAGUGGAAAUUGAAUUGGGUCAACAUAAGUACAGUAUAGACAGGGACAGAGUAAUCACAGAUUGGGACACCGGAGAACAUAUAGCAGUUCCUUCCUACGAAGAGACUGAACAUGUUCCUGUUGACGGGCCUUGGACGAUAUUUUUUGACGAAUAUGACGAAAUAGUUUACAUAACCGUAUGGCCAAUUGGAUUUGAACUGUCGUUUCACGGAAGGGGUACAGGUCGAGUACACUUCAAAAUACCACAAAGCUACAAAGGCAAAGAAAUAGCAGGAAUGUGUGGAAACUUUAAUGGUGAUCCUGAUGAUGAUUUUCCAGAAUUUAUAAGGAAUUAUGUCAACCCUGGAAGAGUCUUUGGAAUGAUCCACAGUACCUUUUGUGAUAUUG